GGCGUCUGUGUUUCCUCUAAUCUAGUAGAACAGGUGGGAGACGGAGAGAAAGCAAGAUAGCAGUAAGAAAGAGGGAAAAUGUCGAAGAAGAACGAGCCGGCGGUCGGUAUCCCGGUACCGCACCCACAGCAACAGCAGCAGUGCUAUUAUGUGGGAGAGAACCCGUAUCAGGCGGGAAUGAUCCCACCUAACGCCGUAUACGACGAUCCCAAGGGGAUUCCGUUGCAACAGACCAUCUUCAGGGAUACCCCCGCUCCAUUCUCCUGUGUCUAUUGUGGCAGUUCCGGCCUCACCACCGUCAGAUCAAAACCAAGUCUGGCAGCUGUUAUAGGUUGCAUGAUGCCAAUGAUGCUUGGUGUAUGCUUCCUUUGCCCUUCAAUGGACUGCCUUUGGCACAAGUAUCACUAUUGUCCAAGCUGCAAAGAAAAGGUUGCUGAUUUUGAAAAAUCAGAUCCAUGUGCUGUUGUUGAUCCUUCACAAUGGACCCAACCAAGUUUUGGGGUGCCUGCUUGAAGAUUCAUCCAUUGGUUGUACGGUGGUGAUGUAUGGAGUUGUGUGGGCUAUCUUUUCAUUAGAACCAAAAUGACUCUCUCGUAGUAGGGAGUGUGGAUUGGAUUAGCUGUAUGAAUACUUCUUCAAGCUGGGAAAAUUUUAACCUCUCUGUAAAAACUCGUGGUUAGAGUCGUUUACACUGAUGAACAAAGUUGUUGCAUAUUUAAUUCAGUUAAUGUAUACCAGAGUUUUCUCAGAGUGAUACAUCAGCCGUGUUUUUACUUAUCCAAGGACCAAGGAACUAGGAUGGUUAAUUACCUUUUUG